CAUGAAACAGAUGCACCUCCUGUCCCCCGCCCAUCAUCGCCAUCACCUCCUACUCCGCCUACUCCUCCUCCUACUCUGCUCCCACGCACGGAUGGGAAGGGUCAUGCAUGCGUGCGCGCCUCCGGCUGUGGGAUAGUCACAGGGUACACGGCGAGGGCUGACUGCUGCCGUAUUCGUUGCAGGGCGUAUUAGCGGGCAUCAGUCUUCCCCGUGCGGAGUCGCUGCGUGUGACAACCUCUGGACGUUGCGCUAGCGUUGGAAACUUCUCCGUUACAGCAACUUCCUGGCGGUUUUCAAGGGCCGACCUUUGCUGGAAGCAAUUUGUUGGAUUGACCAAGCUCUGGCGCUGGGAUUUGACCUGGUCUGGUCUGGACCAGAAUAUAAUGGAGUGCCUUGGCAAGCUAACCUCUUUAGGUCCACUGCAAGAGAGUCGCCGCUCCCGCAAGUUCGUUCUGCUCAUCGUGUUCGUGGCGCUGCUGCUUGACAACAUGCUACUCACCGUCGUGGUGCCAAUUGUCCCCAGCUACCUGUACGCCAUCGAGCAUCCAGACGAGCAUCCGCGGAACGACAGCGGGCAGCUGCUCGCUCCAAUCGCCGCUCCGCACGCGGCCACAGCCACGGACGACGGUGGCCCCAGCCAGGCCCAGGGGGGUCAGGAGGGGUCGCAGGAGCCCCAGGAACCCAGCCCUAGCCCGGGUUCCCCGACGCCGGACCCCUGCAGCAGGCGACGCUCCCGGCACCACCGCAGCACGGGGUCGAACCCGGGCGGCAGUGCGUUGAACGACUCGUUGUGCGACAUGGACGUCGCGGCCCUGCUCAACGAGAACGUGCGAGUCGGCCUGCUCUUCGCUGCCAAGGCCACAGUGCAGCUUCUCGCGAAUCCCUUCAUCGGCCCCCUGACAAACAGGGUGGGAUACCACUCGCCUAUGUUUGCUGGCUUCAUCAUCAUGUUCCUUUCAACGAUCAUGUUCGCGUUCGCUCAGAGCUACCCGCUGUUGUUCCUGGCUCGAGCUCUGCAAGGCAUCGGAUCCUCCUGCUCCUCCGUGGCCGGAAUGGGCAUGCUGGCCAGCCUGUACCCGGAUGACGAGGAGAGAGGCAAUGCGAUGGGUGUGGCGCUGGGAGGUCUCGCUAUGGGAGUUCUGGUGGGACCACCGUUUGGCAGCAUCAUGUACGACUUUGUGGGAAAGCCUGCCCCGUUCUUGGUGCUUGCUGGCCUGGCCCUCUUUGAUGGAGCAUUACAGAUGUUGGUGUUGCAACCAAGCAAGUCGGAGCCAGAGAGCCAAACAGGAACGCCUCUGCUCACUCUGCUCCGAGACCCGUACAUACUCAUCACAGCAGGAUCUAUCUGCAUUGCUAACAUGGGCAUCGCGAUGCUGGAACCCGCCCUUCCCAUAUGGAUGAUGGAAACCAUGUGCUCACCUAAGUGGCAGCUGGGAGUUGCUUUCAUUCCAGCCAGCAUCUCUUACUGGAUAGGCACCAACAUAUUUGGACCUUUGGCUCACAAAAUGGGAAGGUGGCUGUGUGCACUGAUCGGAAUGGUCGUAGUAGGAAUCUCCAUAAUCUGUGUCCCGCUGGCCAAAACUAUUUACGGACUGAUUGUGCCAAAUUUCGGUGUUGGCUUUGCAAUCGGGAUGGUGGACUCCUCCAUGAUGCCACUCAUGGGUUACCUGGUGGACCUGCGUCACGUGUCUGUGUACGGCAGCGUCUAUGCCAUUGCCGAUGUCGCAUUCUGCAUGGGCUUUGCACUGGGCCCUUCUGCUGGUGGGGCGAUCGCUCGCACCAUCGGCUUCCCCUGGCUGAUGACCAUCAUCGGGAUAAUCGACAUCCUCUUUGCUCCGCUGUGCUACUUCCUACGUAGCCCCCCCGGCCGCGAGGAGAAGAUGUCCAUCCUGAUGAAUGAAGAGUGCCCGGUGCGCACGCGCAUGUACACGUCCCAUGGGAGCGUGAGAAGCACGGUGGACGGGGCACAGCCCACUGGGGAUGACGCCGGGGAGGAAGAGGAGGAGAGUGAGGAGUGAACUCGUUGAGUCCAAACGGUGCACACGUUGUGCAUUACUUCACCGACGCAUUCAUUGGAUCGAACCGGUUUUACACGGCAGGGUAGGAGGAUUUCACAAAAUUACACCGAAAAUUGUACCUCCAAUUGGCACGGUUGGCUACGUACGGUGUGAAAGAAGUUCAGCAGACAUACAUUGCCGUGUUUCCCCCCCCCCCCCCCCAUCGAAAGUUGUUUGCACUUCCUAUGCUGCGUUUAAACUUUCUAUGAUAUUUUUUUUUUUACAAAUUGUCUUUAAAACUCUUUAACAAAUGCACUAUAAGUCACAAAAUUUGUAAAGCUAUCAAUGGAAUGCCAACAAAAGGACAAUCAAUUGAAGUGUAAGAAGUUACGGGGAUACCCAGACAUAGCCACGUUUGGCAUAUAUUUUAGCAUCGUAUCUCUUAAGAGUUUGAAAGUAAAAGUGGCUGCUUAGAUCCACUGUGAAUCAGCCAGCCAUGAUGAAGUUACAACAAUCUCAACACGUUCGUCAUUAACACUGCCUUAUCAGAAAAAGUAUACUAGAGGUGACGUUUCAGAGCCUUCUUCAGAGCACAUGAUUAAAUUAAGUUCGCAAAUGCUCGUGUGAAACGAUGGUCUCACCCCGUUCACCAAUAACUGCACACAAUAAUAAUAAUAACACAACAUGUUACUUUGGAGUUAAUUUGGGAAAAAAAUAGCUCUGAGAAUUAUUAAAAACAGAAAUUGUUUGGCCUGUCGUACGGUAAACAAUGUAAUGACAGUGUAUUGCAAAAAUGUGACCCCUGCCGUAUAAGGAGGUAAAGCCCACUUGAAGGAUACUUUGGGGAAAAAAUCAUCUCCGCACCCAUUCCCUGACACACGGGAUGCUCUGCUGUGCAAGCUUGCCGAACGGAUUCUGUGUCUCAUGACAUGACUCCGACAGCAUAAUUAGAUUAAAUUAGCAAAAACUAAAAAAGAAUUUGAAUUAAAAUUAUUGCCCCUUUAUUGGUAUUGUUUUCGAUUAUUUUCCAUAAACGUGCAUCUGUUUGACCAUGCUUGGCAAAACCUUCAGCGUUAAAUACAUUACAUCUAUGAGCAGACCUCUGCAGUUGAGUGUGCAUACCAAAACAAUGCUGUAUACUAUUCAUAAGAAGCGCGUAUGUGUUUUUUGUGCAACUGUAUAUUGGUGCUGCGUAGGUUCGUGCGAUUGUGCUGCGUGCCUCUCCGAUGCGUGUUCAGUUUGUGCCGCGUGUUGUUUGGCAAAGAUGUCCGACGUUUGAGCUUCAUGCGCUGCGAUAUUGUACGUCCAAGAUUUCGCUCGCUUUCGCGGCAAAUGAGAUCGGCAGCAAACGCCGUUCACGAAGAAGCUGCCAGCAAGCGGAGCAUGAUGUUGGACAUCAUGUCGAAUUGCACGCGGUGAAAUUUGAAAACACAUCUUGAAAAAUGUGAUUGGCAUAAACCAUCAUUGGGGUUAAAAUGCAACCGAAGAUUAAUCAGCAGCUGGGACAGAUAAAUGGGUUACUGCAUGGAAGGUAAUGCGCAUUAAGCUCCCGUUUUCAUGGGAACUGCUGCUUCUAAAUUUCCCUUCGCUUGUGCAGAAGGAAAUUAAAAUGACCCAUGCGCCAGAUACGUUGCUACACGUUCAACUGCGGGAGAUUUUAUCUCAUCGGCCCUAUUGGUACGGCGAUGUGAGCAUACGCUGAACGCGACCCAUGGGCACAGGAGGCAUGCUCAGAGAAUAUGGCAUUAUAUAAAAACAUAAACUUGAUUCUCAAAAUGCGAGUGGUUACUUUUUUGUUUUUUAUAUAUAUAAAUAAAAUGUAUUUAAAAUAUAUCGCCAGUGUUUAAAAUCCAUUCGUCUUUAUCUGUUCUUAUCGAUGUUUAAAUGUCAUGUCGGCCUGUAGCACCGCAAUUUCCUUUCAAAUUGUUUACCGGCAUUGACCCAAAGAUUCAAAAUUUCAACAACAACAAAACUCUACAUUGUAGAUAGCGACUUCGCUUCACAUUAUUCGGCACGUGUGCACUGUUUUUCGUCAUGCAAUCGAUUGCAUAAUGCUAUAUUUAAUUACUGCAAUUUUUUAAAAAGACACAUGCAGCGAACAAAAAUGUUAGCCCCGUGGUUCUGGAAAGAAACGUUAAUCAUUUUGAUGCCAUUAGUAUUGUAAUUUGGUUGUCCUAUAGACAUGUCUUCUGUGUGCAAUUUCACGUAAAGUCUGUAAUGCAUAAAGCAUUGAAUGUUGUGCCUUGUAAAUCUACAAAAGAAAUGUAAUCAAAGACAAUGUGGAACAUACCAUACACACUGCUUGGUUUACGAUAAAACAUCCAUCCCAAAGCUUUGCGUCCACUGAAGACAAAUCGACUUGAAUCGUAUUGCAAUGUAUUUCAAUUGAACGGCUUUUAAUGUUUUAUAAACAAUAUGUCACGUUUAACCUGUAACCAGAAGUUGUAAAUGAAUGGGAUGGGUGGGGGGGGAGAAAGUGAAUGAGUGCGUAAUUAAUGUCUGGCUCUACUUGGAAAAUUAUAUUGCAUGGAAGAAGUUUAAUUUGGUAAACUUUGCUAUUUUCUAGAAAUAUAUCUCGAACAUUUCAAAUAAUUACGUGUUUAAUGGAAGCUAAAUUUUGAUGAAAACAGGAAGGUUUUUCUUCUUUGGUUCUUUCGGUAAAGUCACGUAGAAUGAGAAUAAAAUAAUAAAUUAUUUAAAAUGGUCAAAAAUGCAAAUUAAACGAGAAGCAAAGUCUUUGAAAAGUCACAAAACACAGCAGUCACGUUUUAACGUCGUCAUUGUAAACAUUUAAGGGCCGCACAUUUUAAUUAAACUGUCAAGCUGUUGCAAAAA